CAAUUAACAGUUUGAAGAACAUCACAGCAAGAUGAAGGUCGCAGCCAUGGACGCCAUUGAUUCUUUGACGCCAUACUUUCUCCACUUGGUAGUUCUAUACGUGUCCGUCGUUGUCAUUUACUUGCUUUACAAAUACAAAUCCAACGGCGGCGGGGCCACCCCCAAUCUUCCUCCUGGUAGAAGGGGUCUUCCAUACAUCGGUGAAACCUUGGAUUAUGUGUUGGCGUCCAGAUGGGGCACUCCUGAGAAAUUCAUAACCGAUAGAACUUCCAAAUAUUCACCCGAUGUGUUCCGCACAUCGUUGCUUGGAGAAGACAUGGCCAUCUUUUGCGGUGCUGCCGGUAACAAGUUCCUUUUCUCCGGCCAAAACAAAUACGUCACUUCAUGGUGGCCCGAUUCCAUCAAGAAAGCUCUCAUGGAUCCGGCCAGUGUCGACAAUUCUUCCAAGGAAGAAUCCACCAAACUUCGAGCCUAUUUGCCCCCCUUUCUCAAGCCUGAGUCUUUGCAACACUAUAUACCAUUGAUGGAUACAAUGGCGAAAGAGCACUUGAAUCAACACUGGUUCCCCUACAAUGAAGUCAAAGUUUUCCCGCUCUCAAAGAAGUACACGUUUGCACUUGCCUGUCGUCUUUUCAUGAGCGUCACGAAUCCAGAUGAGAUCGAAAACUUCGCAAAGCCUUUUGCUCUUGCAACUGCCGGUCUCAUAUCGGUGCCCAUUGAUCUUCCUGGUACAACAUUCAACCGCGCGGUGAAAGCCGGCAGGCAGAUUCGGGAACAGCUAUUGGCCCUCAUCACGAAGAAGAAAAAGGAGAUAAUAGAGAAAGGGAAAACAGAGGCAUCAGACUUGGUGGAUAGCAUGUUGAUGGAUGAAAUGACGGAGGUUGAGAUCGGCAACAAGAUUGUUGGCUUCUUCAUUGCCAGCCAUGACACUACAAGCACUGCCAUCACCUUCCUUGUCAGCUAUCUCUCGGAUCAUCCUGACGUAUAUAACAGGGUCCUUGAAGAGCAAAUGGAGGUUUUAAGAGGGAAAGAGGGAGGGGAUGAGGCCUUGAGAUGGGACGAUAUACAGAAGAUGAAGUAUACGUGGUGCGUGGCAUGCGAAGUAGUAAUGAGGCUGGCUCCACCUGCUAAUGGUUCUUUUAGAGAGGCCAUUUCCGACUUUACAUACGCUGGUUAUACCAUCCCAAAGGGUUGGAAGGCGUUUUGGACGGUGCAUACAACCAAUAAGAAUCCGAAAUACUUUCCGGAUCCGGAGAGAUUCGAUCCAUCGAGGUUUGAAGGGAAUGGUCCAGCGCCCUACACAUUCGUACCAUUCGGGGGAGGGCCUAGAAUGUGCCCAGGAAAAGAGUAUGCACGACUCGAAAUCCUGACUUUCAUACACAACCUCAUCACCUCCUACAAAUGGGUCAAAAUCAAUCCCAAUGAGAAGAUUUCCUAUAUUCCAUCACCCAUUCCUCAGGAGGGCCUUCCCAUCAAGAUCCAAACCAUACUAAAUUAA